CUGCCCCACUAACCUACGGUCAGCAGACAUUCCUCCUACUGUACUUGUCCUCCGUGUUUAUCGGCUCAUACACCGGACUCCUGCCUGACAGAAACAUGUCUCGGGCUGCGGACAGACUCCGACUGCUGAUCAAUCACCUUGAUCCAUCACCUGCUUCGAUCAGAUCUGAACCCACUUUCGCUCAAACCUCCACGUACAGUCAUCCACAGAGACUGAGAUACACUUUUGAGACUGACCUGCUGACCCCGGAACAGCGAGUCUUCUAUGAGGAAAAUGGCUUCCUUCUUAUCAAGAACCUGGUGUCUGAGGAGGACAUCGACAGGUUCAGGAAGGCAUUUGAACGCAUCUGUCGACAGGAGGUGAAGGUUCCUGGUCUGGUGGUGAUGAGGGACGUGGCCAUCGCUAAGUCGGAGUUUGUUCCGGAUCAGAAAGCUGUCUCUAAACUCCAGGACUUCCAGGAAGAUCCUGAACUGUUCCGAUACUGCUCCUUACCACAGAUCCUGAAGUACGUGGAGUGUUUCACUGGACCGAACAUCAUGGCCAUGCACACCAUGCUCAUCAACAAACCUCCUGAUGCAGGUAAGAAGACAUCUCGUCACCCGAUGCAUCAGGAUCUGCAUUACUUCCCAUUUCGGCCGGCGGACCGGAUCGUCUGCUCCUGGACAGCAAUGGAGAAAGUGACGCGACAGAACGGCUGCCUGGUUGUCCUGCCAGGAACACACCAGGGCACACUGCAGGAGCAUGACUACCCUGAAUGGGAGGGUGGGGUGAACAAGAUGUACCAUGGCGUGCGAGGCUACGACCCGCAGCAGCCUAGGGUGCACCUGGAGAUGGAAAAGGGCGACACCGUCUUCUUCCACCCGCUGCUCAUCCAUGGUUCUGGCAUGAACCAGACACAAGGCUUCCGCAAGGCCAUCUCCUGCCACUAUGCCAGCGGUGACUGUUAUUACAUCGACGUGAAGGGAACCACACAGGAAAACAUCGAGAACGAGGCGUUGGACAUCGCAGUAAGGAAGUAUGGUGUGGAAGGAGACGUUCACUUCAAGGAUGUCUGGAUGAUCCGAGGUCGCCUGGUGCAAGGAGAGAGAGUUUCACUGUGAAGACACCAUGGGUGGGCCUUGAAAGACGGUUUCUUCACUGGAGGGUGAUGAAAAUGAUUGGAGACUAUUCAUAUAGUAAUUUAGAACAAGUUCCUUCACUGCAACAGAAAAUGGUACUAAAGGACAUUCUAAAAAAAAAAAAACCUUAUCUAAUUUCUCCUAACAUACAGUCCCAAUUUCCUUUCAGCAGAAUGCACUUUUUCAUUUAUUUACUAUGUGUUUAAUUGGGACAUUAACAUGUAGGAAAUAACUACAGUUAAACAGAAAAUGAUAGUUUCCUCUUAAUGUGUAGACUUGCUAAUUGCUCUACAGCAUUAAAUAGCACAGAGUGCAGUUUGAAUCACUGUGAAUGUAUCCUGAAAUGUCUGUAUAGCUCUUCAGCAAAAAUGAAAAGAAAAGGGAUAUUAAUCACUGAAAAGAGCUUUAAAAAGAUGAAGUCUCAUAAGUUGAUUAAGAAAAAUUAGGAGUAUUAUGUGAGAGAGCUGAGUGAGGUUGAGAGGGUGAUGAAGUGGUGAGAGAGGAUAAUGAAAGCUGCUUUUAAGCAAAGAUCAUGUGUAAAUAAUCUAUUUUUUUGACUGUAACACUUAAUUAACACUAACUGAGGCCUUAAUAUCACAGCAUCCGGCUGUUCUUGUGCCUUUUAUUUUGAUUUGAACAGUUUUUUGAUGAGUGAAUGGAUGUUGUUUGUGUGUCUUAGAAUUCUCUGUAAUAAAAAUUUAUUAAGAUGAGUAAUAAAGUCAGUCACUACUGGCAAAUAAUCA